CUAAAAACACACACCAAUCACACACACACCAGCUUAUUAGCAUGGGCGGUUUUAGUUUCGGAAAACUUACAUUUGCACUUAUCGUUGCAAUCUUGGUAUGGUCUUCGAGCAUAGAAACUUGCAAUGCCAGAAGGGGAAAGCAUUGGAGGCAUAGCAGAGGUACCUUUAGUUCUCUGUACAAGAAGAAAGGAAAGAAUCAAGGGGGGCACCAGGCCUCGAAACCUAAACAAAAGCAUCCGCUUCCGACCCCAGAAGAACCGGUGGCUCCUCCACAGAAAGGUUCGAAAUUUAAUGUGCUCGACUAUGGAGCUAAAGGGGAUGGUAAUUCUGAUGACACAAAGGCAUUUCAAGCUGCAUGGGCUGAUGCUUGUAAAGUGGAAGCAUCAACGAUGAUCGUGCCAUCAGGUUAUCAGUUCCUUGUGGGACCCAUUUCUUUCUCUGGUCCUUACUGUCAAAGAAACAUUCUUUUUCAGCUUGAUGGUACGAUUAUAGCUCCAACAAACUCAAAAGCAUGGGGUAAAGGUCUCCUGCAAUGGCUAGAAUUUACAAAACUUGUAGGGCUGUCAAUCAAGGGAAAAGGCACCAUUGAUGGAAGAGGCUCAGUUUGGUGGACAAAGUCGAUACUUGAUGAUUCUAUAGAUAACGAAGAAAAACUACGAGUUCCACUAGACAAUAUCACAGUGACACAAGAUCCCCAAGUAAGCAGCUCACUGGAUGAGAAAAUGCCUAGUACAAAGCCAACUGCACUGAGGUUUUAUGGGAGCUUUAAUGUGACGGUCACAGGCAUAACGAUUCAAAAUAGUCCCCAAUGUCACCUCAAGUUUGACAACUGUGACGGAGUUUUAGUAUACAGUUUUAGCGUCUCAUCUCCUGGUGACAGCCCCAAUACUGAUGGAAUUCACUUGCAGAACUCGAAGAAUGUGCUAAUCCACACUACAGAUCUAGCUUGUGGUGAUGACUGUAUAUCUAUACAAACGGGAUGCACAAAUGUAUACGUACAUGAUGUCAAUUGUGGGCCAGGGCAUGGAAUAAGCAUUGGAAGUCUAGGAAAAGAUGGCACAUCAGCUUGCGUCUCCAACAUUACUGUCCGCAAUAUCAAUAUGCAUAACACAAUGACCGGUGUUAGGAUCAAGACUUGGCAGGGAGGGUCAGGUUCUGUGCAAGGAGUAUUAUUCUCAAACAUUCAAGUUUCUGAAGUCGAAUUUCCAAUCAUGAUUGAUCAAUACUACUGUGACCACAGCAGCUGCAAGAACCACACAUCUGCUGUGGCUGUAUCAAAUAUUGCCUAUGAAAAUAUACGAGGAACCUAUACGGUAAAACCAGUGCACAUGUCAUGCAGUGACAGCAUGCCUUGUACGGACGUAAAGUUGACCGAUAUUGAACUCAAACCAAUGCCCAAAGGCUACCAUAUGUAUGACCCAUUUUGUUGGCAAGCUUUUGGGGAAUUGUAUGCUCCCACCAUCCCAGAAAUUGAUUGUUUACAGGAAGGUAAACCAUCAAGCAGCUGGGAUCCUGAUGAGACUGGAUGUGCAGCAUAGCCUAUAUAUGAUUGGUGCAUCAACUAGUGAGGUCGGUGUAGUUGCUGGCCCCUUUCACAUCAUACAAUUGCUUGAAAGUGAGUAUAUAUAGGUAGUAUUAUACUACAGGAUUGAUUGUAUUAAAUGGAUUAUUGGUUCUUAUUGUGUCAGUUUAUACAUUACAAAGAAGUUCUCUUUCUUUUCACUAGAUGCUAGCAAUGUAUGGCAGCAUCAUGUCAUUGUUGAUAGAUAUGUGUGCCUAGUUACUUCUCUGCAAUAUAAAGUAACAACUUUCGUAUGAUUAA